GAGAGACAGAUCCAGGAGACACAGCAAAGAGUAGAUAGAGAGAGAUGAGGAAGCCCUCACAGUCAUCAGCUCCAGGCUCGUCGACGAUGGCGGCGAUGGAGGUCGAGGACAAGCAGCGACGAGGGCCGACGCCGUGCUGCGGCAAAGUGGGCCUGAAGAGGGGUCCGUGGACGUCGGAGGAGGACGAGGUGCUGGCGAGCUUCGUGCGGCGGGAGGGGGAGGGGCGGUGGCGGACGCUGCCCAAGCGCGCCGGGCUCCUCCGCUGCGGCAAGAGCUGCCGCCUCCGCUGGAUGAACUACCUCCGUCCCUCCAUCAAGCAUGGUCCCAUCGCCCCCGACGAGGAAGACCUCAUCCUUCGCCUCCACCGCCUCCUCGGCAACAGGUGGUCUUUGAUAGCCGGGAGGAUUCCUGGGCGCACAGAUAACGAGAUCAAGAACUACUGGAACACCCACCUCAGCAAAAAGCUCGUCAGGCAAGGCAUAGAUCCCCGCAACCACAAACCACUGGCCACUUCCGUAGCUGACGCCAUCCACCAGCCUAUUUCACCACAGCUAUACCGUAACCCUAACCCUAGCGCAAUCCCCAGCACCGCUCCCACCCUCCUCCGAGCAGAGGAUACCCAGAAAAAUUUCUCCGACACGCUGAACCUGCAGCAAAAUGACGAUGGUGAUGGAUGGAAGAACAACGAGUGCGCUGUUGAUAAGCCAUUAGACCAAGAAGGAGGCAAAUGUGAUGCCGGCGAAGAUGGAGGGAUAGGGAUAGAGUGUUACACUGAUGACAUCUUCUCCUCCUUCCUUGACUCGUUGAUCAACGACGACAUCUUCCAGCCGCAGCACAAUGACAUAAUCGACGACGAGAACAACAACGACAUCAGCAGAAGCAAUAACAGCGAUGGGAGUAACCAAAGAGUGGUACCUGCAGCAUAUGCCUACACUGCGCCCUCGGUUCCUGCGUAUGAACUCGGAACCUUUUGGGAAGAUGACCUUAUGGCUCAGACUGGUAUAGAGGAAGAUGUCCACGAGCAGUUUGCCGAUCAUGCAGGCAAGUAUUAAUUGGUUAUAGAUUACGAAGCUAUAUAUUUAUGUUGUGUAACUAAGAACUUGAGUAGCAGUUUGGGUUUGAUCAUGAGUAUUACUGCUAGCAAAGAAGAUGAACUCGAGUGAUAUGUUUACUAGAGUUUGUAAUAAUUAAG